AGCUUUAGACAUCUUCAUUAUUUUCACGGAACAGAAAAACACUAGUCUCUUCCCUUCAAAUUAAGACAAUUCCCAGUUUCCUAAUGCAAAUACUGAAAACAUGUUACCGCUACUAUUCAUUCUCAUCAAUCUUUCAAUCAUCCCAUCAAUUUCUUGCAUCGAAUUUCUCUUCAACUCAUUCACUGCCAACACCACACCUGCCCUCAACCUCACCAACGAUGCUCGCCUUGAACCACCAGUAAUCCGUCUCACAAACGACUCUAAUCAGUUCUCCCUUGGCCGUGCUUUUUACCCAUCUCAAAUACCAAUCAAAUCAACUUCAAACUCAACUUCAAUUUCCUCUACUUUCUCUACACAAUUCAUCUUUUCUGUACUCCCUGACGACUCAUCUAGUCCAGGUUUUGGCCUUGCUUUUGUUCUCUCUGCUUCCACGUCACCACCCAAUGCUCUUUCAAGCCAAUACUUUGGACUUUUCUCUAAUGCCACUGUUCAUACUGUGGCCCCACUUCUUGCAGUCGAGUUUGAUACGGGUCGUAACCCGGAAUUUAAUGACCCGGAUAGGAACCAUGUUGGGAUUGAUCUUAACAGUAUUGAAUCUGUUGUUACUCAAACGGCUGGAUAUUAUAAUGAUAAUGAUACUUUUGUGCCUUUAAAUAUGCGAACUGGAGAAAAUAUUCAUGCUUGGGUUGAUUUCAAUGGACCUGAAUUUGAGAUUAAUGUUACUAUAGCUCCAGCUGGUAUGUCUCGGCCUGUUAGGACUUUGUUGAGUUAUAGAAACCCAAUAAUUGCGAAUUACACGUCUGAUCAGAUGUAUAUGGGGUUCUCAGCUUCCAAGACUCAAUGGGUUGAGGCACAAAGACUUUUAGCUUGGAGUUUCAGUGAUUCUGGAGUUGCAAGGGAUAUUAAUACUACGAAUUUGCCCCUUUUUGAGCUGGAAAAUUCGCGGUCUUCGUUAGCUACAGGUGCUAUUAUUGGUAUUGUUCUUGGUUCUUUGGUGGCUCUGUUGGGUUGUUUAUGUGUAAUUUAUUGGUUUUGGUGGAAGAGGAGAAGUGAGAAGGAAGAAGAUGUGAUUGAAGAUUGGGAACUUGAGUACUGGCCUCAUAGAUUUUCAUAUGAAGAGCUUAGCCAAGCUACUAAAGGGUUCUGUAAAGAAAAGCUACUUGGGGCUGGUGGAUUUGGUAAAGUUUACAAGGGUAUACUAUCUAAUAACACAGAAGUGGCAGUGAAAUGUGUGAACCAUGAUUCAAGACAAGGAAUUAGGGAAUUCAUGGCUGAGAUAUCAACUAUCGGAAGGCUUCAACACAAGAAUUUAGUACAAAUGAAGGGGUGGUGUAGGAAGGGGAAUGAACUUAUGAUUGUGUAUGAUUGCAUGCCUAAUGGGAGUUUGAAUAAAUGGAUAUUCGAUAAGCCGGAGAAGGUUAUGAAUUGGGUAGACCGGAGGAGGGUCUUAGCUGAUGUUGCUGAGGGGUUGAACUAUUUACAUAAUGGUUGGGAACAAGUGGUUGUACAUAGGGAUAUUAAAUCUAGCAAUGUUUUGUUAGAUAGUGAAAUGAGAGGGAGAUUGGGUGAUUUUGGGCUAGCAAAGUUGUAUACUCAUGGUGGUGCCCCUAAUACUACUAGGGUAGUAGGUACAUUAGGGUACUUGGCACCUGAAGUGGUGACAAGGGCUAACCCAACUGCCGCUAGUGAUGUUUAUAGUUUUGGGGUGGUGGUGUUGGAGGUGGCAUGUGGGCGUAGGCCGAUUGAUACGGGGUUUGUGGAGGAGGAAGAGGAAGUGUUGAUUGAUUGGGUUAGACAAAAGUACAGGGAAGGGAGAUUAUGUGAGGCAGCAGAUGAAAGGAUUAAGGGGCAGUAUUCAGAGGAAGAAAUGGAAGCUAUGUUGAAACUAGGACUGACUUGUUGUCACCCGGAUCCUCUCCGACGACCUACUAUGGGGGAAGUUGUUACCGUAUUGCUUGGUGAGAAUGUGGACGCAACGCCCAAUGAAUUGCUACCUGAAUUAACACCUAGUGGAAGCAACAUGAGAGAUAGAAGCGACUGGUCAAGUGAGGAAUCAGAACCGCUAUCGGCUGUAUAGAUAUUGUAAUUUUGUUUCAUUCAUUGCUGUAUCUUUGUUCAUUUCUUGAAAUUUUUGGUUAAAGGUUGGUUCUUUG